AUGGGAAAAUCUCAAUCGAAACUCUCCCAAGAGCAACUAGCCGAACUCCAGAAAUCCACGCAUUUUGACAAGAAGGAACUGCAACAAUGGUACAAGGGCUUCUUAAAAGACUGCCCAUCCGGCAUGCUCACGAAAGAAGAAUUCCAGAAAAUCUACCGACAAUUCUUUCCAUUUGGUGAUCCAUCUUCAUUUGCAGAUUAUGUAUUCAACGUCUUCGAUUCCGACAAGUCCGGCUCGAUCGAUUUCAAGGAAUUCAUCUGCGCUCUGAGUGUCACAAGCCGAGGAAAGAUGGAGGACAAGCUUGAUUGGGCUUUCCAAUUAUACGACAUCGACGGUGACGGCAAGAUUAGCUAUGACGAGAUGCUAAAGAUUGUAGAAGCGAUCUACAAAAUGGUCGGUUCGAUGGUGAAGCUUCCCGAGGACGAAGAUACCCCCGAAAAACGUGUUAAGAAGAUCUUCCGCAUGAUGGAUAAGGACGAAAACGGUAGUCUAGAUAUGGAGGAGUUUAAAGAAGGCAGUAAACGCGAUGAGACAAUCGUCUCGGCACUCUCUCUAUACGACGGGUUGGUAUAA